AUGAGGUCCCUGGGAGUGGUAACCGUCUUCCUUUUGGGACUACUCUCCCAGGAAGUGAGCGCUGGCUCUUCCGUCGCACAGAUCAAUCUUCUGGCAGCACCGCAGUCCAGAGGCACGCUGGCCUAUGUACGGGACUCGGCGCCGCCAGAGUUUACAUACACGACCGAUUAUGCCCAAUCCGGCAACUGGAUCGGUCUUUUCGAGAAGGGAAUGGGCCCUGACACGGGGGGUGAUGACAAGUACUUGGGCUGGGCGUCUGCACCGGCAUCCAAGGGCCGCGUUACUGCCGAUGCAGACUUUGACCAAUGCCUGCCUGCAGGGCAGUACGACGCCUACUUGUUCCGUCAGCGCGGGCCUAGGAGUUAUCCAGUCGUCGGGCCUGUGACAUUCUCCUACCCCGGCAACCCCGACUACCACGAAUGUGAGGGCGGCAUCUGCAAGCCUGCCGCCGAGAGCUGCAGCUGCGCAGACGGCAAGUGGUGGUGCCCGGCUCGGGAUGAGUGCAUACCGACUACCAAACAGUGCCGUGGCAAGUGUCCGAAGGGCUGGAGGGUGGCUGGGAAUAGUUGCGUCCAAGACAUUUGCGAGAACCCAUUGGCCGGCGUGCAGUGGGAUGCGUAUCGCAUGUCGAUAGGAAACGGUCUCGGUCAAAUUCCUUACCCGGAACCAGCGCCAUUUCUCCCGCAGUUCAAUAUCGAUACUCUCUUUGGCGGAACACCGGUUCAGCCGACGAGCGGCACCGUCGGCAGUAUCGGCUGGCGCAACGGCGUUGCAUGGAUAACCAACCAAGUUCUCCAACCGAUUCCCCAAGAUUACUUCUUCAUGUCGUGGACUGGCUACCUGGUCCCCAAGCAUACAGGAAGCUACACGUUCAACAUGUGGUGGACCGAUGACGUGUCUUAUCUCUGGGUUGGGGAGCACGCGAGGUCCGAAUUCUCAGAGUCCAACGCAGAUUUGAAGGUAGACUACGCUUCAAUCGACACGUUUGGCAAGAAACGCUUUUCGUAUUCUGCCGAACAAGGAAAGCCAGUUCCCAUCAGAGUCAUUAAUGUACAAGCUGCGGGACCCUAUUCGUUGUGCUUUGGUGUCACAGAUCCCACGGGUCAAGCGGUCAUGAACACUUGUGGCGAAGGUGGUGUUCUGCGCGAGUCCGACGGCCAAAUUGCUUACUGCAAAGACGUCAAGUUUGGUUCCGUCUUUCGGCAUGUUCCAGUGAAGAGAGCCUUUACACCAGACAUGCCCAGCAGCCGGUGUACCAACUUGAAAAGCGGUGCUCAGUGGAAUCUGUACAAAUUCCAGCCGGGAAGUGGCCCUGGGCAUAUUUCCUACACCUCGGCUCAGCCUCUGCUCCCAGCGCACAGUAUUGACAUGGUCCUCGCUGCCACUCCCAAUGCCCGGUAUACAGGGCAAGUUGAUAAGAUUGGUUGGGAUAGCGGCUACGUCGAAGGGGUGGGCUCUAUCUAUCCCCCAGCCGACACAGGCCCAAGGGGAUACUUUUUGAUGUUUUGGACCAGUUAUCUUGUGCCCAGUCGAGAAGGAAGUUACCGUUUCGACGUGUGGUGGGUGGAUGAUGUGGCCUUUUUGUGGGUUGGUAACAAGGCAAUUGCAGACUUUUCUGAAACGAAUGCCGAUUUAAAAGUUGACUAUGCUUUCCUUGAUGUUUUUGGCAAGAAAUAUUUCGAAUACCAUGUCAAGGCCGAGGACGUUGGCAAGCGGAUUCCCAUAAGAGUCGCGAAUAUCCAGGGUGGAGGAGCAUUUUCCGUCUUCAUGAUGGUCACGGACCCUACUGGUAAAGUGAUCAUGAACAGUGGUGACCGUGGAAGCGGUAAACUGCCGCAAGCCUCCAACGGCGAAAUUGGUUAUUGCCCAUGA